GCCUGUGCUUUAGUGUCUCCAAAAGUGUUUAUUUGCUUCUGAGUGGCUCCAGGUUAUUACACUGCCUGCACAGCUGGAUAAUGUGCCUGUUAAUAUGUUGUUCCCAAAAGGAUUGUGUGAGGGGAAAAGGGGAAAGUUUAAAUGGGCCUUUAUGAAAAUGAGCUGCUGGAGCUGGCAGCUCCUUCCCAGCUGUGCCUCUUGGUUUCAGUUGUCCAAGCAACCCAAACUUGUCCUCUGAGCCUUGCAAGGUGUCAAGAGCAAAACCAGUGAGAGGAAGAGGCAGUGGAAAGCCUGGGAGGAAGGUGUCAAAGGGAGCCCAGCACUUGGUGGACUUGUCUGCUGCUCCCCCAGUUCUGGAAAGUGGAGGUGUUGAGGAGGCCACCACAGCUGGGGCUCAGCCAGUGUCUGUGUCUCCAUCAGCUGUCUGUGGACAUUUAGGAGCCCGAAUGCUCAGGAGUCCCAUUUUCACUGAAGUUGGCCCUGAAAUGUGGUGUGUGGAGCACUAGUGCCCUCAGUUGGGGAAUCCCUUGCUCUGGGACCUGCUGUGGUCUUUUCCACCUGGUUUCCCCCUGUCUUCUUCCUUCCCUCUCUCUUCCAUCCAGUUCUCAGCACCUUUUCCUCCCUCUGGCUCAUUUUUGCCACACAUUUUUGCAUGUGCGUUGUUUCUUCUCCUACUGUAAGUGACUCUUGACCAGAUAAUGUUUAAGCUUCCUGGUGUGGGGACCAUAAACACAACUGUUGCGAGGAAACCUAUUUAUUGUUCCUGAAGCAUUCAUGUUUUUAUGGCACAUUUGUAAGGCAGUGGUGAGCAGUAGAGGAAAGUCAGUGGUUUACAUAAAAAACUGAAGCAGAGAUGCAUGUGGAGACCAGGAAAUCUGCACAAAAAUGCUCUUUUUUGUCCUUACCCCUGGAUGACAAUUCAUUACCAUACACAAAGCUCUUGUGAGGCUUCUUUAGCCAGUAGCUUUUAAUUGCCCUGUUGAUGAGAAUGUCUUUCUGCCUAGGAGAACACAGCUGUGUUUAUUUCAACCUGUUGAAAUUAAUUGAGGUGGAGGACAAGCCCAUAACUCUCCUCUCUUCCUGCUAUUCCUGUCAAGCUUGAGAGGGACCAGAUCUCUUUAGUAACUGUAGAGAAGCUACACCCUGGACAAUGAUCUCCUCACCACACAGCAGAGGCAGUUCUAUGAAGACAACGGGUAUCUGCUCAUCAAGAAGCUCGUUUCUGAUGAAGACAUCGAGCGCUUCAGGAGGGAGUUCAUGAGGAUCUGUAAAAGAGAGGUGAAUCCACCAGGAGCUAUGAUUAUGAAAGAUGAGUCCCUGAGAUCCCAGUUUGGUCAGUCUGAAAAAGUGGUUAAUAAAGUGCAGGACUUCCAGGAAGAUGAAGAGCUGUUCAGAUACUGCACUCUGCCAGAGGUCCUCAAAUACGUUGAGUGCUUCACAGGGCCAAACAUCAUGGCAAUGCACACCAUGCUGAUAAAUAAACUUCCAGAUUCUGACAAACAGACUUUUCUCCACCCCAUGCAUCAGGACCUGCACUAUUUCCCGUUCCGGCCCGCGUCCCGCAUCGUGUGCGCCUGGACCGCCAUGGAACGGGCCGACCAGGACAACGGCUGCCUGGUUGUGCAGCCCGGGACACACAAGACCACCCUGAAGCCUCAUGGCUAUCCCAAGUUGGAGGGUAAAACCAACAAACUUUUCCAUGGGCUGCUUGAUGAGGAUGAGAAGACUCCCAAGGUUCACCUUGUCAUGGAGAAGGGAGACACAGUGUUCUUCCAUCCCCUGCUCAUUCAUGGCUCUGGGAUAAACAAGACAUCGGGUUUCCGAAAGAGCAUAAGCUGUCACUUUGCCAGCUCAGAGUGCUACUACAUUGAUGUCAAGAACACGACUCAGGAGCACCUGGAGAAGGAACUGCAAGAAGUGGUCCGCAAGAAAUACAACGCGACUUCCGUGGAGCUCAAGGAUAUCUGGAACUUCCGAGCACGGCUUGUGCAGGGGGAAAGAAUUAACCUGUAGAAGACCCUCCGAAGAGCAGAAUGGAAAACAAGUGCCUGGGAAAGAGCUUCUCUGGGUGGGGGAGACCGCAGACCCUGCCUGGGCAGCCAGAAUUCUGUGUGCUUUGUUGGCCUCUGUAGUGGUAACUCAGCCAGAUGCUGCAUUGCAAAAUCAUUCUAUGGUAAUUCAGAAUAAUUGCCCUGAGGUUGGACAGCAAAGAAAACCUAAUCUAGAAAACCAGAUUUGCUGUGGAUGUCUUAGAGAAUUGAAGAGUUAAGGUCUUGAAAGAACACCUUGAUUUUCCUGAUGUUUUCUUUCUUGUUUCUUAAAUGUUUCCCACAUGACACACCUUUGGAAAGAUGCUAUACUAACAUGAGAAAAAUUUCCAGUGUUCCCAACUUCCUUUUCUAUGCAAAAAAAAAAAAAAAAAAAGAA